AUGGAAGGAUUCAUAGAAGUUAAUGAGAUCUCAGAUUUUAUUUCUUAUAUACGCAGUAUUGAAUGGCGUGAUCCAUGGCUUAUAGCCUUACUAUCUUUUCAUGUGAUUGUCACUUUCACAUGUUUUUCAACUAGGAACUAUGGGAAUUUUCAAGUGAUACUUUUUAUUAUACUUUUGCUUCUAGUAUAUUUUUCGGAGAGCAUAAACGAAGUAGCCGCCAGGAAUUGGGCGCUAUUUUCCCGACAACAAUACUUUGACAGCAAAGGCUUAUUUAUAUCUAUCGUAUUCUCUAUUCCUAUAUUACUUAAUUGUAUGAUUAUGGUGGGUUCAUGGUUAUAUCAGUCGACUCAAAUCAUGACAAAUCUGAAAAAGGCACAACUGAGGCAGCGCUUGAAAGAGCUAAACAUGAACAGGGAACAGCAGCACUUGAAGGCUGAUUAA